AGGAGUCACACAAAUAUCGCGUUGCUGCUGCUGCUGCUGCUGCUGCUGCAGCUUCCCCAGUUUUAUUGAAAGUGAAGAUGGACGACGGAGGGGGAAAUUGCGUUUUUAACGAGAAGAGAGUUAUGACUAAGCGGUUCCCGGGUGGUCUUCUACGGGACGUCAAAUAGGCAUUUGGCCGAGCUGGGCUUUAGAAGUCGCAAUUCUCGCGUGGAAAGAAGCUCGCGUUUCUUGUGGAUGCUGUCGUGUUGUGACACAGCAGGACAAGCCAGGACCGGGUUAGUUCUCCCAAGAACUGUAUCCAGACCGACAAACAAAACCCUCAGGUGGGUUGUCAAGGAUGAUCGGACAACAACUGCACGACUUUCAACAGUGAGGUUUCUCUCAAUGGCUUCUUUUUCGUGCCAUUAAUUUAGAUCAGACACAAUGGGUCUGCUUGCCAUUUGUGUCAUUUCGUGCUCCUCCUCGACGUGACAGCGGACCAUUGCGCUCAGGACUUUGUUGCUUCUGUUGCAGUGCAGUUCGGCUGGCAGCUACAGUCCCGUUCGGUCUGAACACAGAACACAGCGAGCUGAUCAUUUUAUUGUCAUUGCACUUUAUUAAAACAUGGAUGACUCGGGCAUAAUACGACGCCGGAGGCUGCAGAAGGAUUUGCCCCUGCCUCGCAAGAGCAGCAGCUGUCGAACAAGCAACAGGAAAAGUCUCAUCUUGACCACCACCUCCCCCACUCUGCCUCGCCCACACUCUCCUCUGCCUCUCCCCGGACACCUUGGAAGCAGUCCACUGGACAGCCCGAGAAACUUCUCCCCAAGCACCCCUGCUCACUUCUCCUUUGCCUCCUCCAGAAGAGCUGAUGGACGCCGUUGGUCUUUAGCGUCUUUGCCCUCGUCUGGUUACGGCACAAACACUCCCAGCUCAACGUCGUCCAGCUCUUCUCAGGAGCGGCUGCACCAGCUGCCCUUCCAGCCCACCAUGGAUGAGCUCCACUUCUUAUCCAAGCACUUUGGCAGCACGGAGAGCAUCACAGACGAUGAUGGCGGACGCUCCUCUCCACACAUGCGCCCGCGCUCCCGCAGUCUCAGCCCAGGACGCUCCUCUUCCUGCUAUGAUAACGAGAUAGUCAUGAUGAACCACGUGUACAAGGAGCGCUUUCCGAAGGCCACUGCUCAGAUGGAAGGGAGGCUUGCAGAGUUCAUCCACGCUUACUCUCCUGAAAAUGUUCUCCCGCUGGCCGACGGCGUUCUCAGCUUCAUCCACCACCAGAUCGCUGAGCUCUCCAGGGACUGCCUGACGAAAUCCUGCGAGGGACUCAUCACAUCUGUCUACUUCUUCGAGCUGCAGGAAAACCUGGAGAAGCUUCUCAAUGACGCCUUUGAACGUUCAGAGAGCUCGGAGGUGGCUUUCGUCACAGAGUUGGUGAAGAAGCUUCUUAUCAUCAUUUCCCGACCGGCCAGGCUCUUGGAGUGUCUGGAAUUCAACCCUGAGGAGUUCUACCAUCUGCUGGAGGCAGCGGAGGAUGUUGCCAAGGAGGGUCACCUGAUGAAAACUGACAUCCCUCGUUAUAUUGUCAGCCAGUUGGGACUCACCAGGGACCCGAUUGAAGAGAUGGUAAACCUUGAUAGUUAUGACAGUGAAGGACCUCUAACACCAGAAACAGAUGACUCAACAGAGGGUAAGAUUAGAGCAAUGAAACCACCAGGUGAAGCUGACUUCCAGACCAUCAAGCUCAUUAGCCAUGGAGCAUAUGGUGCUGUGUAUCUGGUCCGACACCUGGAGACACGCCAGCGUUUUGCCAUGAAGAAAAUUAACAAACAAAACCUGAUCCUAAGGAACCAGAUCCAACAGGCCUUUGUCGAGAGAGACAUCCUCACAUUUGCUGAGAACCCCUUUGUGGUCUCCAUGUUCUGUUCCUUUGAGACCCGACGGCACUUGUGCAUGGUCAUGGAGUAUGUUGAAGGAGGAGAUUGUGCGACACUGCUGAAGAACAUUGGGGCUCUGCCAGUGGAAAUGGCUCGGAUGUACUUUGCUGAAACUGUCCUUGCACUCGAAUACUUACACAACUAUGGCAUUGUUCACCGUGACCUCAAGCCUGACAACCUUCUAAUAACAUCUAUGGGCCACAUCAAGCUUACAGACUUUGGCCUGUCUAAGAUGGGUCUAAUGAGUCUGACCACCAACCUGUAUGAAGGGCACAUCGAGAAAGACACGCGUGAGUUCUUGGAUAAACAGGUGUGUGGAACCCCAGAGUAUAUUGCUCCUGAGGUAAUUCUUCGUCAAGGUUACGGAAAGCCAGUGGACUGGUGGGCUAUGGGUAUCAUCUUGUAUGAGUUUUUGGUGGGGUGUGUGCCUUUCUUUGGAGACACUCCGGAGGAGCUGUUUGGACAAGUCAUAACAGAUGACAUUGUAUGGCCUGAAGAAGAUGAGGCCCUCCCUGUUGAUGCCCAACAUCUCAUCUCCUCUCUUUUACAGACAAAUCCACUUGUUCGCCUAGGAACGGUAGGGGGUGCUUUUGAAGUGAAGCAGCACUCCUUCUUCACAGAGGUGAACUGGAACAGCUUGCUGAGACAAAAGGCCGAGUUCAUCCCUCACCUGGAGUCAGAGGAGGACACCAGUUAUUUUGACACACGGUCUGAGCGCUACCAUCAUGUGCAUUCAUAUGAUGAGGAUGAUACCAAUGAUGAUGAGCCUGUGGAGUUACAUCGCUUUUCUUCGUGUUCACCCCGCUUUAGCAAGGUGUACAGCAGUAUGGAACAUCUGUCCCAGCUGGAGCAUAAACCCCCAAGUGUAACAUUAAGGGAGCACAAAGUUCCAAAAGAGGACCGAAUGGCCAAGAGAGAAAGCCUGGGUAGCUUUACGCUCAGGGACAAGAGCUGGAGGACUGGAUCACCAGAAAUGAAGCGUUUGUCCUGCUCAGAGUCGUCCUUCACCGAGAGCGACUACAGUCCUCCAUCUGGAGCCCGAAGGCGCUUCUCUGCCCUCAUGGACACGCACCGCUUGGCCUCACCUCUGGAGGUAGAUUCUGAGCAGUCCCUAACAAGGGUCCAGCCACAAGUGAAGGCCAGGGGCACCUCUCUGGAAGGAGCCAUGGGUGCCAUAUCCUCGCAAGGCGAUCUCAGGACAUUCCUUAAAGAAAGCAAUGGGUUCACAGCUGGAGCCAGUGCAACUGUUCUGGGGCUUCCAGAGCCCCAAGGGCCCAGAGGGGCCACCAGUGACUUGGUGCUGCGGAGAGUUCGGCAUCAGCAGCUCUCAGCUGAGGGAGAAAAACGGAACUCUCGACCUGGAAAUAAAGUUAUCAAAUCUGCUUCUGCUACUGCUUUAUCUGUCAUCAUUCCUGCAGUGGAGCAACAUGGUGCCUCCCCCCUAGCGAGCCCCAUGUCUCCUCGCUCCCUUUCGUCCAACCCCUCCUCUCGGGAUUCCUCUCCCAGUCGAGACUACUGUCCAGUGGUAAACGUCCUGCAUUCCCCAAUCACCAUCCACCGCUCUGGCAAGAAGUAUGGCUUUACUCUCCGAGCAAUUAGAGUCUAUAUAGGAGACAGCGAUGUCUACAGCGUACACCAUAUGAUAUGGCAUGUGGAGGAUGGAGGCCCCGCCCAGGAGGCUGGACUUAGUGCUGGUGAUCUCAUCACACAUGUAAAUGGGGAGUCAGUUCACGGUCUGGUCCAUACAGAAGUGGUGGAGCUCAUCCUGAAGAGUGGAAACAAGGUGACCGUUACAACGACUCCCUUUGAGAACACCUCUAUAAAAGUGGGACCUGCACGCAAGACCAGCUAUAAAUGCAAAAUGGCCCGACGCAGCAAAAGACCAGGAGCCAAAGAGGGGCAAGAUAAGAAGCGCAGCUCCCUGUUCAGAAAAAUCACCAAGCAGUCCAAUUUGCUCCACACCAGUCGGAGCCUCUCCUCUUUGAACCGCUCUCUAUCAUCUGGAGACAGUUUACCCGGAUCUCCCACCCACAGCUUCUGUGCCCGCUCACCCACUCAGACAUAUCGCUCAACUCUGGAAUCCCCAUACCUGGGCACUUCCUCACAGAGCAGCUCCCCGGCAUCGAGCACCCCCAACUCCCCAGCCACAUCGCACCACAUGAGGCCCAGCUCUCUGCAUGGCCUGUCGCCAAAACUUCACCGCCAGUACCGCUCUGCUCGCUGCAAAUCUGCUGGCAACAUCCCCUUAUCGCCUUUAGCCCAUACCCCCUCCCCUACCACGUCCUCCCCGCCGCCUCUGAGCGGCCACACUGUCGGAAGCUCCAACACCACGCAGAUGUUCCCCGUCAAGCUACACUCCUCACCACCAGUUGCCCGUCCUCGUCCCAAGAGUGCAGAGCCACCCAGAUCCCCCCUUCUGCAGCGAGUACAGUCAGCAGAGAAGCUUGGAGCGCCUAUUCUGCCUUCUUCCUCAUCAUCAUCCUCGUCGCCUUCUCCUCUGACGGGAGGGGUGUGCCUCCGCAAGCACAGUUUGGAGGUGACACAUGGGGACUACAGGAGAGAGUCCUUCCACUGUGAGCACAGCCUACAGAGUCUGCUUGAGAUGGAGGGAGAGAAUGGACCUGCUCCACCUUCUCCUUCAUCCUCUUCGUCUCCUUCUCCACCUUUAGGAGGGGAAACCAGUAGUUUGCAUCCUGUUAGAAGGCUGGGAAGGCAGGAAACACCACUUAGCCGUGACACAAUGGUACCAGUAACAGAGACAGAUACUCAAACCAUGGCAUCGGAUCUUGCUGGGUGCAAUACUGAGACCAAAGCAACAAAAAGUGAAUCCGCCGUUGACCCAAAUAAAACAUUAUCCACCUCUAGGGUUCUACAGAGUUCAUCUGCAAUUGAGACGACCCCUCCUCCAGUAGCAGCCCCAUCCACCACUGAGAGCAAGCCGAAACACGGGGUCAAACCUUUAAAUGCAAACAUUGCACCUUCUGAGGCUACGGUCUCUAAGAGCAAACCUUGUGAGAAAAUAUCCCCUCCAGGGACAACAAAGUGCCUCCAACCGCAAGAGAAAAAGCAGAAGUAUGCUCACAUAGAAAGUGUCUCUUCAAAUAAAGUUUUAGGAAAUGCCGAAGACAAAACCAAAUACAUACCAGGUACAGAGAAAGGUGGCUGUCGCAAAGGAUCAAGUACAGAGUCAUCCAAACCUCGUAAAAGCACGGAGGCCAUUGAGAAGGAAGGCAGUGGUGGUGAUAAAAAAACAGAGACGACUAAGGUUAAAGGUCCUGCACCUCCAGUUCCCACCCCAGUGCAGGUCCACAGUGCAACAAAUGUACCAGUUGCUGGCAGCUCCAAAGUGGAGUGGGCAUCAAAGAGUUACCGGGGAGUGAAGGAGGAAAGGGCGCACCUGGAGGUGUUGGAAGAAAACCCCAUGUCUCCUUCUUCUAAUGCAACCUCACCUUGUUCGAGCAAGCCACGCGUCAUGUCACCCGGGGACAGAGCCAGCUUUGUCACGCAACUCACAAGCGUCGCCAAAACAGUACUUGGGCCUAUGAAAGGGGGGGCACAAGAUGGUUCCAAGGGCAAAGAUGCCUGUAAAUCAAGUGAGGAGAAACGAGGCAGCUCAGCGGGAAAAGCAGAGGCUUCAUGCGGGCCUGGGCGCCGUGGGGCUCAAACAACCUCUGCUGGUAGCGCUCUCCAGUUGGAUAAAGGAAACACUCGGAGCUCAAAGCAUCAUUCGUGAUGAAGAAGCAGACCCUCCAAUGCAUUGCCUUUUACUGUAGAAGCAUCCAAACAUAUCAUAUAACUUGACACCUUUUUAACAAACAUAAAUGGCUGAACAGAAAUAAUCUGAAUCCGAGACUUUGGACAAAAUGGGGACAAAAAUUAAAAUAAAUCAACUACUGUCAGCGCCGUGUAGCAUAUUAUAGGCCUGUGGAUGUCUUCGUCACAAUGUGCUGUAGAUGUAUUUAAAAAACAAACAAAAAAAACAAUGCAUGUUGUACAUAGAAAAUCAAAGAAAUUUAGAACAUAGAUGAAAAAUUACAAAAAAAUAAAUACAGAGGACCUUAAGGUAGUAAACACUGUGAACAACUUUGCAACCAUCUAAACAUGCAAACCACAUUCCAUUUACUUAGAUUGGUUAAGUUUAUUUAGCAAAAUGAUAUAAUUAAGUUAUGUAUCAUAAAAUGACAGAGAAAAUAAAACAAAUUAGACUCACACACUGGACCAAAAUACUUGUUGUCAAAAGAGCUGGCUGGUGUUCCGAUUGGUUCAAGGGCUGUAUUCAGAUGGGAUAAAGUAUGAGAUGAACUUGCACAGGGACACUAUGCAAUGUGCUAAUAAUGCCACUUUAGGUGACUAGGAUUACUAAGUUUACAUUGUGUUGUCAACCAGUAAAGGUGAAAAAAGAAGUAGUUGCAAUAAGCAAAGCAAAUCUAUUUUGCUUUCAAAGUUGUCCCUUUUGAUGUGUGCAAUUGCUACUGUAUGUGAAUUCAUCGUGUGUUAUAGUGUUAUUGAGGACUAAACGGUCAUAAAUUAGCACUUAAAAAGUUGGUUGAAUAUACAUAAGUCUUUUCUACAUAUGCUGAUCCAUUUUAUAUUUCAUAAUUUAUUGUGGAAGAAUGUUGUGGUGUUCUCAUUAGUUUUGUUUAAAGUAAAAACAUAUUGGUGUCUGCUAUAAUGUAUAUGAAAAACUGAUGCAUGUGAAAUGUUCUGGACAUUAUUCAUCUGACAAAAAAAUACAUUUUAGCAAUCAGUAUAUCAAAAGAUUCUCCUAUGCAAGGAGUAAGGAUAAAUACUCAAACUGAAUGUCCAACCAGCAUUUCCGAUCAGCAUUAAUACUGCAAUUUAAAAAAUGAAAAAUAAUAAUCUGCUGUAAAUGCAUGCUUUGCCGCAAUGCAAAGUGUAAAUCAAGCAUUACUGUGUGUCAGGUCAGAAAAGUCUUUGAAGAAAAUGUAAUGGUACUGUCAAAAGGCCAUUGUGCACGUUUGAUUUUCAUCAUUUGGGCACAGUCUGUCGACAGAUGCAGUUAGCUGGCGACAGGUUUGGGGGGAUUUAGGUACAUUUCGAACGUUCUGCAACACAUCAGGUACAGUUUGAAUCCUAUUUAGAAAUCCUGUGUAAUUGUGUAAGUAAUUAUCUGGACAUGGACACUCAACUAAUUUCAGAUUAAGUCCUUUAAAAAAUAAAAGUACAGAGGCCAUAUAUGACAUUUCGAAGUCACUUGACAGAAGAAACUUCAGUUACCGCUGUAUGCUACUUACUGUUGUUCAUUUGAUUGUUUUAUAGUUAUGGCCUAGAAAUGUUUGUCUUACAAAUAUUUACUUGAAUUAUGACUUUAGCGCAGGUUAGCGAAAUACGUCGCGUUUCGUACAUCGGGUUAAGAACGCAUCUCCCUAGUAAACCGAGGACCCCAUGCCAUGAUAAAGUCCUUGAUCGCAGCGUUUGUUCCUCCACCCUGGCCUCUUGGAUUUAAAACGUCACCUUUAAAAUACGUGUGUUCAAUUUUAACAUUACAGUUAAUUGUAUCAAGAUACGAUAGGGCUUGAAUAUGUUCAUUUGUAAAGAGACGUGUGCCUCCUCCCAGUGCAUUUUCAGUCUUCUGUUCGUGCGUCGUGCAAAACACCUAGACUUACCUUACACUGCCAUCUUGUGGCUGACAGGAGUAUAGGUUUAGUGAGAAAUCUGUCUACUUAUGUUCAUAAUUCUGAUGUCAGUGAAGAUGUGCAUAUUAUUUAAAAGGUUUUUUUGGUAAAUUCUAUAUAAGCUUACGACCUUUUCUUUCAUCCAAUAUGCUGUGUAGGGGUUCAGAGUAGAAUCACUUGUUCUUGCAUUAAACACAAAUGUUUUGUGUGCAGUGAGUUGCACUUUAUUUUUUGUCAAAUAUUGUCUUGUGUUUACCAACUAUUAUUAUAAUAUUAUUGUUAAUGCAUUUAAAUGUAUUCAUACAUUUCAAUAUACCUGUUUACGUUCCAAACAUAAGCAUCCGUCAAUUGGAAAAGUAAGUGUCUCAUUGCAUUUCAAAGCUCGCCGUACACACACAAACACACGCAGACACACAAAACACAGACACACAAACACACACACAAUUUAAAGUUGGCAUAAUUUCGUGUUUCGAUUUCAGUAAAUAUACUCGUGUGUUUAUUUUGAGAUGGAGAUCGCCAGUCAUAAAAUUCCAUUCUAUGAAAUAAGAACAAUUGAACCCCACCACACACUCGGUUCUUUGGGGUACUGUAAUUCAUGAUUUCAUGUAUGACAAAGAGGAUGUGUGUUAUUAGUUCCUGUACUGCAACUUGGGAGGUGGUGGGGCGGAACAAUAAAAAGUGACGAAAUGAC